AUGUCUUCAUCAAUAGCGAACCAUAAUCAAGAUUUCGGCCCGAAGCUGAGCCCCGAUCCAUCGUGGACGGGUCCUCUGAACGUUAAGCGGUCAACGACCAACGUAAUUUCGCUGAUUAUCUUUAUGCUAUGUUUCAUAUGCUGGAUCGUUGUGCCCCUGUCCAGUAAGAAAAAAAAAAAAAAAAAAAACAAGCUGCCCUACCAUUGCCUUGAAAAAUUGAUCGUUCUGGGCAUGCUGGUGUUCUCCGCUCUCUUGUCGACGCUCUACAUCUGCCUGAUGAGGAUCGCGCCCAUGAAGGUGAUUUACGCGUCGAUCGGAUUGCUUUUCGUGUCGCUCGCGUUCGGUAUCGGCUUGUACGCCUACAAGUUGGCCGUUCAAGGAUAUUGGAAGUGGGAUCACUGGCUGCCCUUGGUCGGGCUCUGCUCAUUUCUUCCUGCACCGGCAUCGGCAUUGACCUCGUAUGCGAUCGACAGAUACAAGCUGGCCAGCCAAAUCAUACCGGAAUUCGCAAAAGUCGCGCUGUUCUUCCCGUCGCUCUACCUCUACGCGAUACUGAUCUUCGCGCUUUGCUGCUGCGUAUUCAUCGGAGCCUACGCUGCUGUCCUGUCUACCACUGUGUUUACGUCAUGGUUCGCCUUAACCUGGUUGUGGGUGGCGCCGAUUUAUGUAAUUUGGCUCUGUUGCACCUUGGUCGCUUCCUUCAACGUGACCGUGGCCGGGGCAUACGCCACCUGGUACUGGACGACGGACAAGCGCCAAGUGCCCUACUUCACGGUCGGGCGCUUCAUCUGGAUCGCUUUGAGAUAUCACCUGGGAUCGGCGGCGAUCGGCGGGGUUGUCCUACCGGUCUGCUACCUCAUCCGAUUCUGCAGUGGCGGACGGGUCGCAGCGCUGGGCGACUACUUGGCGUUCGAGCAGAUGGCGCUUCACGGACGGCCCCUCCUUGAGUCCGCCAGAAUGGCCCACAAUCUCUGGCACAGAAAUUACGAGCGAAGCGAGGAGAUAGCCGAGAACGUCAAGAAUUCGACGCUUAUCAUCUGGCUCUCGGUCUGUUUCGCCUCUCCUUUUCUAGUACACAGAGGUGUACUGUUGGCCCUAUCGUGGGACAAAAUGUCCUUUCUAUUUUAUUUUAUUCCUUUUAUAUUCAACGGACUGUUGGCAUUCAUUAUGUUCCAACUGAUUAACAUUGCGUGUGACACCGUCUUGUUGUGCGUGCACGAGGAUCACGAAGUCAACGGCAAAAACGCUCGCAACAUGUCGGAUAAGCUGAAGCAGCUAAUUUUCGAGACAGAACGGAAAUGA